AUGAAUUUGUGUGUGACAUUCAAAGGUGGUGUUGAGGAUGUUGGGAGCAAAUUCAAACUGGAUUUGAAUAAAGAACCAUGGUUUUCAAGUGAUGAAGAUGGUGAUGGUAGACCGAAUGAAAACCUAGCUUUAUUUGUGGGUACUGAUGAUACCAAACGGAAUGUUGUUUUAGGGAAAAAAACAUUCGACGAUACGAAAACGCCGGUUAUGGUGUUGGAACGUCGUUCAAAGAAUUAUGAGGGUGGAUUAGAAGGGCAUAAACCGAAUGAUAUCAUUAAUAUUAUUCGUACAGAGUAUGGUUGUGAUUUAACUUACUCUCAGGCAUGGGAGUCUCGCGAGUAUGCAGUGAACGAAGUUAGAGGAAUUCCUGAGAAUAGUUAUGGUAAAAAUACCAAAGUACUUGUACAUGAUACAAGAAGCGAAUCCGGAGGAUUUUACAAGGGAAUGAGGAAAGUUAUUGUGGUUGAUGGAACAUUUCUGAAGAACAAAUACAAAGGAGUUAUGCUAGUUGCUACAGCUGUAGAUGGUAACUCUAAUUUGUAUCCAAUAGCAUUUGGAAUUGCUGAUUCUGAGAAUGAUUCUUCAUGGGAGUGGUUUUUUGAGCAGAUUAAGGUUGUUAUUAGAGAUGAUAAAGAUUUAUCUUUCAUAUCAGAUAGGCAUGUGUCAAUUAGCAAAUCACUUGAAAAAAUUUAUCUAUUGUCUACUCAUGGUAUUUGCAUCCAUCACUUGAUUGGUAAUGUUAUUACAUAUCACAAGGGAAGGGGUGUGGCUGAUUUGGUUUCAAGAGCGUCGAAAGCUUAUAGAGUUGCUGAGUUUGAAAAACAUUUUGGAGAAAUUUGCAACAUCAGUCCUGUGACUGGAGAGUACCUAGAGGAUGCUCAGGUUAAAAAAUGGGUUCGAUGCCAUUUCCAUGGAUACAGAUAUGACUUGAACACAAAAAAUGCUGCAGAAUCGAUCAAUUCAGCUUUGAGAUCACCUAGAGAGUAUUCAAUAAUCCCUUUAUUAGACAGCAUCAGAGAGAUGUUAACACGCUGGUUUAUUGAGCAAAGAGAAUUAAGUGCCAAGCAGAAAGAUCCUUUAACUGUUAAGGUGGAGAAUAAGAUUUCAAGAAGAAUAGGGAAAGGUAAAUACUUUAAAAGUUAUCGGAUUGGAAGAAACAUUUUACAGGUUAAAGCGAAUAGGGUAGACUUUGUGGUUGACUUGGAGAGAAGGACAUGUUCAUGUGGGAAGUUCCAAAUGGGCAAAAUCCCUUGCAGACACGCCAUCAAAGGAGCUUUUGAUAUAUGUACUGAUCUAUAUCGAUAUGCUGAUGAUAUGUAUAGCCCCACCAGUUGGAGAGAGUAUUAUGAGGAGACUGUUAAUCCAAUAGGUAUUCCAGAGAACGAAUGGGGCGUCCCUGACCACAUUGAGGCUGCAAAAGUUUUACCACCUGAAACAAGAAGACACCCUGGUAGACAAAGAAAACGAAGACAUGAAACGGUUGAAGACAAGAUAAGAGCGUCACAUUAA